UCGCUAUAUGCCUGACUGGAGACAGUACUCACCAGCACCUAGUUUCUAUCAAGACAGAGAGUGUUUACUUCCUUUCACACUAAGGACUCAAGCAAGUGGAAAAGGAUAGUUUGGCAGUAACUGAUCUGAAACAAAGAUGAGCUCCAGCACUCAUGUUGCUACUAAUUCCUCACAGUGCAUUUCUGGAAAGCGUCAUACUAAGGAGUCCAGUUGAGCCAGGCGAUUCUCAUUAAUACCUCCACUGUUAAGGGCUUUUAUUGAGCGCUGAAACUUGAGAGCGGUGAGUGGUUAUCUGAGCUCCAGAGGGAUGUCUCUCCGGAGGCCAGCUGCCAACCUACGAAGAGCGCCGGGCUGGAGGAAGUCAGGAGAUGAGUCCUGCUGGGAGAGCUUGAUAUCAGAAGGGGAGUAUUUGGCCCAUGUUUCUCGCCCCCCAUGCACACGUCGGCGGCCCCAGAGUGCCAUCGAAGGACGCCAGCUGGACGGCUGGCUGGAGCACCUCCAGAUGAUGCAGAGCGACCCCCUCAGAGCCCCAGUUCACGAUCAUGUUCCAGUUUUCAAUGCUCGGACAACAUCCAUGGCAACGCUCGACAGAGAGCAGGCGGGACGUACCUGGAGGCCUCGGGGGACUCCAUCUUACAGCAGGGCUUCAUCUUCAUGCGGAAGUCCCAGUCUGUGUGAGAGUUCACUGGGGAGCCAGGAGUCCCUCCGAACUGGUGUUUUCCCUUCUCCCGAGCGCAGGGGAAGCUGUGAGAGAGUUCAUAUCAUGCAGGCCCCGAGGAAGGAGCAGGCUCAGCUCAGUUAUGUUGCUCCAGUCAAAAUUGGGUGGCUGCCAAUCCAAAGAAGAGUGAUGAUGGUGGCUGAUGCUUGCCAAAACCAAAAUCAGCUUUUGGACCCCGCUGCUGGCCAGGUAAAACUGAAACAAGCCAUCACUCCAACUUUUCAGAAGAAUCGAGCUUCACCCAAGGUGCAGGAUGGAGAGGUAGAGGGAACUCACGCUGGUACGAGUCCUUUAGGUGUGAAGACGUCGCAGCAGACAGCUGAUCAAGGCUCUCGUGUUAAUAAACAGGUGCCAGAAAAACAGGGCCGUCCUCCUAACGAAGGGAGCCGACCAUUGGGCUGGCAGGCUCUGAGGCGAGGCUGGAAUACUGUCAGGGCGUCAGCUUUCCCUGGAUACAGUCGCACCAUCGAGCUCCCCUCAGGGACCAGCUCAGAUCCCAACGGGAAGUCCCCCCCGAUGAAAACAACCAGCAUACAGCCCCUCAAGUAUUCUCCUCUGCAUCGAACGACUUCCACUGAACCCUGCAGACCGCAAACUCUCACGCAAGGGACAAACAACGCAGAGACAUACAAGCCCCAUACUUCUUCGCAUAGGACAAACAGUGUUCAGCCAAUAAGGGCAACAGCCCCGCUGCUCAGAUCCAACAGCAGCUCGCAGCCCGCACACAUCCAGACGAGCUCUGCUGUGACCACACUCAUCCCUCAGAACAAAGCUGGCUUCUCCUCCAUCACCAUAUCCUCCAGGAAAGUGAGCAGAUCUUCCAGUCUGCCCAGCUCCAGUCGCUCUUCCCUGUCUGGUUCUCCGCCCCCAACCCACCAGCCCAUGGAUCCCAACUCCAGGCAUUUCACAGUGCAGAGGCAGGCCACCAUAGUCAAAGUGACGGAGCAGAGGGUGAUGUCCAGCCCUGCCCCAAGCACAAGAAGUGUAGGUACGCCACCAGCGAGCCAGGGUUUGGACACAGUGGUCCAGAGAAGAAAGGCUACCAUCAUCAAAGUGACAGAGCACAGGGAGAGCUACCAUCCAGCCAAGGUGGGGUCUGCAGCGAGGCUCCCAGGGUACAGACACAGCUACACAGAGGGAGUGUACCAGGACAGCAACACAUGGGAUCAGGGAAACCAUUCACAGCACACGGCAGGGCCUUCGUAUCGCCAUGUGGAGUCCACAAAGAAGCCAAACCCCUCUUUAGCACCAAAUCCAGCCACUUCAGAUCCAGAGAAAAAUGGUGGAACUCUACACCGGUCAACACUGAGCCUUUUUGUGAGCAGCCCUCCUGCCAUAGCAUCGCCCGCUCCCUCAGAGAUUUCCCCGAAAGCUGUUGGACAGAGAUCGGGCAGGCCGCGCAGACCACUGAGCUGCUAUGGCAAUGUGUUCGGACACACCGAGCCAAGCAGGGAGAAUGUGACCCAGCCGCCUGCCAGGAAAUUGAGCUUUGGGCUUCCACAAGAGACCGGUACCAACCCUGUGAACCACAACAGUUGUUUCAUCAGCCCCGGAAUGGCAGCCAGAGAAGCGGGUCAGCUAGUGGCGCACACCCUCACGCCAAAGAGAAGCGAGGACGAAAGAGUGGCGGCACCGGAGGCUGCAUCGAAGACAGCGUCCCCCUGUCUGACUCUCAUCCAGGCCCCUGAUCUCAACUCACAUCAGUCUCCAGAGGAAGUGCUCGCACUCAACGCAGCGGCCGUCAUAGCAAACAUCAAACUCCAAAGACAACUCAGCAAGAAGAAAACACCAAAUGGAAUUCCUGCGAAGGACUCCGCGCCAUCACUCCAGGGAAAUACAGAGACAAGUAUGAAGACACAUCCCGAUCGAAGCCCUGUCCAGCGUCACAAUACGCCUCAAUCUGCUUUUGUUCCGCUGAGCGUUGACCAUGAGACGUCACGUAGAGCUGUUUCUCUACAGGAAGCGCUGCAGAGGUCCAGACCCGACUUCAUCCGCCGAUCCCAAGGCCGACUGCAUGAGCUGGAGCGAAGGUCGCAGGAGAGGAAGAAGAGGGCGGGUUCGGUCAACAGUCGAUCAGGUGUCGCUAACAGGCAGAGAAGAGCCCACAGUGUCCAGUCCACCUCUGUGAAAGAUAACCCCGUCAAACCCAGAGAUAGAGUCAUUACCGGGAAAGAGACGCAUCUCGGAUCCAAGCGCAGGUUUGCAGAGGUGAAGAGAAAAAAGGAUGAAGAGAAGAACAGGGAGGUGUGUUUGACCAACAGACAGCGGGUGGAACUUUUCAAAAAGAAACUGUUGGAUCAGAUCCUCCAAAGGAACAACAGCUGAACGACGGAUGGGGACGAUGGCUCCGCUGCAGCGUUGUGUGACAGACUGAAGACUUGAACUUUGCCUUUUAACUGAGCUGAAUAUGAGUUUGAAUAUCAAUGUCGGCCUCGAUAUCACUCGAGCCUCAUCUCGGCUUUAGCCCCUGUUUGUUUCUCUCCUUCGUUGAUACAGAGUUGAUACAGAGAUCAACAUCUGUUUUUUCUUUCUGGAAAAUAAGAGAAAUCUUUCGAAAAACUAGAAGGUCAUCUAACAACAAUUGCUGCUGUUUUGCUGGGUGUUUUUUUUUCACAACUCCCAAAGACUCUUCUGUCCCAAAAUAUUAUGCUCUCACAUGCACCAUAACAAAAUCCUUUUUUCUUGUUGCAACAGUACUUUACGCUCCACAACAAAAGAUGUUUGGCAGAAGUUGCAUAUCUCCUUGCUCAUUUGAAUAGAUAAAUACCUAAUGAUACAUUUUCAAAUGGUUGUUUUUUAUGCAGGAGGUUUAAAGGGGUCUUGUGAUUUUCUAAAAUACCUUCAAAACAGUGUUAAGUGUUGUUAAACUGACUUUCGGGUGCAGAUUUCCAUCCUCGCCAUCCUUAGGAAUGGAAUAACAUGUGAACAUGGUCCAGAUGAGUGUAUGAAAGCAUGUGUCCCCACUCUGCUCUGCCUGGAAUCAAACGUCACACUAACACUGAUGAACAAACUGACUGAUCCCACUUUGAUGUCAGAUCCACAGCAAAGUAAUUCACCAGCGUUAUCUUGUUUUUCCCUUGAUUGCAAAUCGCCAUUCUCUGCAGAAUACUUAGUGUAAUGGGACGCAGAGGAACCUCUCGCCGCACGAUAAAGCACUGAUGUCCUCACGCAUGCACGCAGCCACUUUCACAUGAUCUCAUGUGAUGCGAGGAAGUGAUAUGAGACAAAAUAAUUCAUUGUGCGCCGCUGUCCCAUCCAGGACAGUCUUCAACCGUCCUCAUUAUGCAACCAAUAGGCAGACAGAUGCCUGAAGUGGGCCCUGCUGUCAAUAGUGCCAGCUAUUAGCAGUAAGAUGGAGGAAUGUGACCCCUUCUCACUGGGAAAUGCCCCGUUAAUGGACAGUGGUGAUUUGAAAGGAGCUUUUGUCCCGUGAUGGACCGCGGACCUGCCACCGCAGAUUUAGAUUUGUGUGUUUUGAUCCAAAGCGUAUGUGCUGCUCGACAACAUGAUGGAGCUGGCCAUAAAUCAAGAAUGAGACCUAUGAAUAUUUAUUUUUUCGGGGGAGCGACAGACAACACAGCAGAUGCUCUUCUUCAUCACUCAUUGCUGUUAUUUGACUCAUUAGCCUUUAAGUUGCAGCUCUAUCACAGUCCAGCUGUUUCAUCCGUCUAAAUUUGCGCUGAUGUCUCGGAGAAGACAGACGACUGCUAACUACUAUUUUUGUAAACCUUACUUCACAUCAGUGCCUGUCAAUGUUAGGGUGUAUUUGGACAGUUGGUGUCUAUUAAUAACAGCAGACGUGUAAAAAAAAAGACAAUUUAUGAACUGUGGAUGCUGCUUAAAAUGUUAUUUACUGUUUAUUGUUUUCUCUAUUUAAAGAUAUAAUAGCUAAGUAGUCUACCCACUGGUGACCAAAAGUUGGUUUUACUGUGAAAUGCGAUACCUACAUUACUGAAUUAUUUAUACUUCAACUAUGUAUUUUCUAUUUUAAUCAAAUUAUAUGUAUUUUAUAUGUGA